AUGGCGGACAGCCGCAGUCCCGACAGCAAUCAUACGCCGCGUACCCUGCUGCGGCGCGUACUGGAUACAGCGGACCCUCGCACUCCGCGGCGACCCCGCAGUGCUCGAACUGGUGCCCAAAGAGCCCUGCUUGAAACACCUUCCUCCAGGAGGCUGAGCGGCCAAACAAAGACGACUGCCAGAUGGCAUUCCCAUGGAGCCAAGUCUGUUGGCAGAUUGGCCUGUGUUCAAGCCAGUGGACACCUGGAGGGACAGACACCUCGGACUCUGCUGAAGAACAUCCUACUAACUGCACCAGAAUCUUCCAUCCUAAUGCCAAAGUCAGUAGUGAAGCCAGUGCCAGCACUGCAGGGGGUCCAGCCCUCCAGACGGGAAAGCAGUCGGGGCAGCCUGGAGCUGCAACUUCCUGAGCUUGAACCCCCCACAACCCUGGCUCCAGGUCUGCUGGUCACUGGCAGGAGGAAGCAGAGGCUGAGACUGUCGAUGUUUCAGCAGGGCAUAGACCAGGGGCUGCCUCUCUCCCAAGAGCCUCAUGGGAAUGCUAAUGCCUCGUCCCUCACCAGCUCCCUCAACCUGACCUUUGCCACACCUCUUCAGCCACAGUCAGUGCGGAGGCCUGGUUUGGCCCGCAGACCUCCCACCCGCCGAGCUGUAAAUGUGAGUGCCUUUUUGCAGGAUGUGCGAGGUACUUCUUUGGCGCCAAGGGACGUCAUGUUGGAGGACACUCAGCCCUUCUCCCAGCCCUUGGUUAGCUGCUCCCCCAGUGUUUCUUGCUCCCUGCACCACUCCUCUCGCACUGGGGCUGAAGAUGCUGAAAGGACCAUUGGUCGCAGGACACAGAGCAGUGGGCAGAGCAACUCACAGUUGCAGAGCAACAGCCCUAGGAAACCAGCCCAGUUUCUGUCAGGAAAGGAAGAGGAGGUUGAUGCCCUGGCUCUGGGCUUCCUGAACACCAGCAGUAAUAUCUCUGCAGAAGAUGGAGUAGAGCCCUUACAGGAUGGAUUUGGUAAGGAGGCAGUGAAAAGGAUGGAAGAAGAAGGUUUGAACGUGAGUGAAGUGAAGGAGGCAACAGGAGGACAAGGACCUGCCAGGGCAGAAAAGCCUGAGGGACACACCGAGGUAACAGAAGCAGAGAGAUCCCAGGGGGCUGUUGAGGCUGAGGAGCUAGAAGGAUCUUCAGGGGAUGACGACACCUCCGGCAGGAUAGUAAGUCAAGAGUUGGUCUCUAAGUCCUCGAAGUUUCUCCAGGUCAAGCGACUUCGACAGUUUCUUGAGCCAGCCCCACCACCUGGUGCUGCAGUCUUAUCUUCAGAGCCUAUGGAGCCUCUGUUGGCCAGGCUUCCCCCUAGGCCCCGAACCACUAGCACCAGACCCCGUCAAGAUCCCUACAGGGGUGGACUGAGCCACUAUGUGAAACUCUUUAGCUUCUAUGCUAAGAUGCCCGUGGAGAAAAGGGCUCUUGAGAUGGUGGAGAAAUGCCUAGAUAAGUAUUUCCAGCAUCUUUGCGAUGAUCUGGAGGUAUUUGCUGCUCAUGCUGGCCGCAAGACUGUGAAACCGGAAGACCUGGAGCUGCUGAUGCGACGGCAGGGCCUGGUCACCGACCAAGUCUCACUGCACGUACUUGUGGAGCGGCAUCUUCCCCUGGAGUACCGGCAGCUGCUCAUCCCUUGUGCAUUCAGUGGAAACUCCGUCUUCCCUGCCCAGUAG